UUUAAUCUAUUAGAAUAAAGUUUUCAAUAAACGGAACCAAAAACAUGCUAAAAAAUAACUAGGCUUUGUCAAGAAAAAACCAAACAAACAGACAACAACAAAAACACAGUUUUAGAACUAUGUUAAGCAUCGUUUACUUAAGUCACUUUUACCACGGUCCCUAAUUUUUGUACCACGUACGGCGGAGUUAAGGCGGAAGUGACGAAAAGUAGAAGUGACGGAGAAAACGCGGUCGUGUUGAGGAUUGUCAGGAGUUGUAAACAUGGCUCGCUGUUUACUCAGAAGAUCAACUGCUAUUCUUCAGCUAAGAUACAGACCCACGACUCUGAGAAACAGGUUCUACUCUGACACCGAACCCGAACCACUGACGCUGCGGACUCAGAGUUCAGGAAUCAGGAGAAUAAUUCUGAAUAAUCCCAAGAAGAGGAAUGCUCUGUCUCUGUCAAUGCUAGAGUCUCUUAGAGAAAACAUCCUCACUGACAUACACAGUGACGACCUCAGAGUUAUCAUCAUCUCAGCCAAAGGUCCAGUUUUUUCUUCUGGACAUGACCUGAAGGAGCUGACCUCAGCUCAGGGAAGAGAAUAUCACACAAAGGUGUUCCAAACCUGUGCUCAGGUCAUGACACUGAUCCAGGACAUCCCUGUCCCUGUGGUUGCCAUGGUGAAUGGCGUCGCAACAGCGGCCGGCUGCCAGCUGGUGGCCAGCUGUGACAUUGUUCUUGCAACGGAAAAGUCUACGUUUGCUACACCAGGUGUUAACGUGGGUUUAUUUUGUUCCACGCCUGCUGUGGCCAUCGGCAGAGCUGUGCCAAGAAAGGUUGCCAUGGAGAUGUUAUUUACAGGAACUCCUAUCUCGGCCCAUGAUGCUUUGCUGCAUGGCCUGGUCAGUAAGGUGGUGCCGGAGGAAGAACUUGAGGAGAAGACGUUAGCUAUGGCCAGGCGAAUAUGCCAGACGAGUCGACCAGUCAUCGCUCUGGGUAAAUCCACUUUCCAAAGGCAAAUGUCUCAAAGCCGAGACGCUGCAUAUGUCACUGCCUCCUCGGUGAUGGUGGAAAACUUGGCUCUGAGCGACGGACAGGAGGGAAUCAAAGCCUUCAUUGAAAAACGAAAACCCGUGUGGGGGCAUAAAAGUGAAAAAGCUCAUGAUUGACACCACUCAGGGUAGUUGAACCGUCUACACCAGAGGUCCCCAACCCCUGGUUCGGGGACCGGUGCUGGUCCAUAGGUCAUUUAGUACCGGGGCACAGUGGGACACAGUUAAGAAAAUGUACUUCAGUUUUACUAAUUUACUUAAUUUUAAAAAAUCCAUAAAGGGAUAUAAUCAUAUCCCUUUAUGGAUUGA